UUUCAUAACUACACUUUGUGUAGUACCACAAUUCAACAAUACCAUCAAUAGAAGGAUAUUUUCACAAAUACACAUUUCAUUAAUGUGUAAAAGACAAAAUUAACCUUACAUUAUCUUCAAUCCAUCAUUCAUUUUUUUCAUCGUCUUUGUCAAACUUCCGCCGUCGAGAUUUCGUCGUCUUCGAUCUAUCCAGUGUUUUCACAUCCUCCUCGUCUUUCUUCACUCCCUCAUAUAAUUUCAAAAGCGAAAGGAUCUUUACAUCUCUCAUCCUAAAAUGGCGUCGGUGUUCCUGUGAUUGUAUCACGUCGUGGGAGAUCUGACGGUGGGGAAACCAGAGAUGGUCGUAGAACUCGAGACAGAGACGAUGAAAUCCGACGGUUCAUGCUAUCGAAGAGUCGAUGGAGUGCGGGAUCCCGGUUUGGAGGAAGAGAUCGCCGGUUCCUCCUCGUGUGGUGGAGAACAGCGAGAUGAGGCAGCAGAGCUAUGUAUAUAUGCCUCUUGUGUUUUUUGUUAUUAGCUCUGUUUGUUAUUCUCUGGAUAUCUGUAUUGAUCUCAUCACCAGUUAAAAGGACAAAGUUAUCUCUUCCACCACCAAAUCUUAUGUUCGUGGAUGGAUCAGACGUAAAAUGUAUUGCAAUUACAAGUUGUCUUCCGUAUUUAUUCAAAGAUAUUGCAGUGGUUGGCUGGCGAGAAGGAAGUUUUAUCUUCAGAGAGAAGCAACAAUUUGCAUUCAAAGUGCUAUCCGAGAAUUUGACUGCAUUAUGUCGUUUCAUGGCUACAAGCAUGCAGCCACAGAGCUUCAACGGCUCGUUAGAGGACAAAUUGUUCGAAGCAGGUUUCAAGGAACUUCUUAUCUCAAUUCAAAACUUGACGAAGUCGUUUCAAGACUUCCACAACACAGCGUUGAAAUGACUUUGUUAGUUUGUUUCCAAACUCUGUUGUGCUUCUGGGUUUAGUUUUUGUAUGAAGUGCAUUGAUCAGUGCACUCCCACAACUAGAAUUUGUUAAGUUUUCUGUAAUCAAACUACUGCUGCACCAUUUCUUGUGUCCAUUGUCACAGCCUCUUGAUUCGUGUUAUAAGAGUUUAAUAUUCUU